AUGUAUACCAGAACUAUACUUUGUGGUCUCUGUUUGACAAUAUCCUCAGUUUUUGUUUUUGUCAAUGGGGGAAAACUUCCCGAACCUGAGGUGAAAAUUGAGGUUAUACACAAACCUUUUAUGUGCCAUCGUAAGUCAAAGUAUGGAGAUAUGCUGCUUGUACAUUACGACGGAUUCCUGGAAAGUAAUGAAACUAUGUUCCAUUCCAGCCGCAAACAGGGGGAUUCAAAUCCUGUGUGGUUUACACUUGGGAUCCGUGAGGUUCUCAAGGGCUGGGAUAAAGGUCUGCAAAACAUGUGUGCAGGAGAGCGCAGGAAGCUGACCGUCCCUCCAUCACUGGCCUAUGGCAAAGAAGGAAAAGGUAAGAUUCCACCAGGCAGUACCCUCAUAUUUGACAUUGAGCUCAUGGAGAUCCGAAAUGGCCCCAGGUCACAUGAGACUUUUAGGGAUAUGGAUCUCAAUGAUGACUGGAAGCUGUCCAGACAAGAGGUGAAAGAGUACCUGAAGAAAGAGUUUGAGAAACAUGGCUACUCUCCUAAUGACACCCACCACGAAGGGAUGGUUGAUGACAUCUUCAAAAAUGAGGAUGAAGAUAAGGAUGGUUUCAUUUCUUCCCGAGAAUUUACCUACCAACACGAUGAACUCUGA